AUGGCUUCUCCAGAGCUUCUCCCGGAUGGAGGAGCCGCGCAGGCUGACCCGGCUGACCGCGGACCGGCCGGGUCAACAGGAGGCGCGCUCCCCGGGGAGGGGAGCCGCAACCCGGCCCGCGGCAGCCGCGGCCGCCGCUCUUCAGCACCUCGGACAGCUCCGCGCAAGGGGGGCCCGGAGCCCAAACCCCGCGCGCUCUGCGAGGAGAAAGUCCGGGUGUGCUGCGACGAGGAACUGGAGACCUCGUUCACCUUCGUCGACGAGAACGUGAACCUCAGACUCGCCAGCCCGGACACGAGUUGCAAAAGUACUCAGAGGCCCGUGCGCAACGGCGAGCCCUGCUCCGAGACUUUCCCGGAGCUCUCCUUCAUGUCCGACGACGACCUCUCCUUCGGGGACGGCUCCGGGAGCUCUAUAGACUACGGCUUCAUCAGCGCGGUCACGUUCCUGGUGACCGGGAUCUCGCUGGUCAUCAUCUCCUACGCGGUGCCGCGCGACGUGGAGGUGGACCGGGACAGCGUGUCGGCCCGGGAGAUGGAGAAGCUGGAGAUGGAGAGCGCCCGGAUCGGCGCCCACCUGGACCGGUGCGUGAUAGCGGGGCUGUGCCUGCUCACGCUGGGCGGCGUGGUGCUCUCCACGCUGCUGAUGGUCUCCAUGUGGAAGGGGGAGAUGUACAGGAGGAAGGUGGUCGCUUACUCCAAGCGAUCGGCCAAACUCUACGGCUCCAUAAGCCUAAAGACCAGGUCCAGCCCCAGCCACUCCUCCGCGCACUUGUCCCUAGAGGAUAUAGAGGAAACUUUGACUUAA